AUGGAUUGUUACUGUGCUAGCUAAACUCUUUAUUAGAAGGACAAGCUAAAAAAUUUUAAAUAUUACAACAAGAAGGAAAAUAAGUUUGAGGACUACGAAUACGAAAGAGUAGAUAGAGACUAAGUAUAUGAUCCUUAUAGCAGCAAAUUCAGUCAUAUUUUUGAGUAAACUUUAGAAUUAGGAAGCACCACAUAUCCUUUAGGCGAGAUAGAUGAAGUAGAAUAUUCUACUAUUGUCAACAACCCUCUGAAAUUCUACAAGGAGUACAUAGCCGUUAACAAACCAUGCAAAAUUAUUAAUGCAAUCAAUUAGUGGCCUGCGAUGAAGAAUUGGAAAGACUUAGAAUACUUGAAAAAGAGAAUUGGAGAUCAUGAAAUUACAAUUGAUCUUACACCUGAUGGUUAUGCUGAUUCUAUUUACAAUAAGUUUUUUGCCUAACCCAAAUAAGUGAAAGGCACAUUUUAGGAUUUUUUAAAUAUGAAAAAAUAUAAAAACCAAGGAAAUGUGGUUCCCUACAUUCAAAAAUAAAAUGGAAAUUUAACAAGUGAAUUCAACUUUUUCUUAUCAGAUAUAAAAUCUUAAUACACCUAAGGAAAAUCGCCUAGUAAUAAAACCCAAAAUCUACCAGACAUAAAAGAGUUUUUCAAAAACACUUUUUUCAAUGGUCAAGAGCCAGAUUCAAUCAACUUUUGGAUGGGAUAUUCAGAUUCCGUCUCAGCUCUCCAUAAAGACCCUUAUGAAAAUAUUUAUGCAGUUAUUCAAGGCGAAAAACACUUUACAUUAGCUCCUCCUGCUAUAUUUCCUUACUGUGGAAUAAGUACUUACAAAAAUACUAAAUGGAAUAGCUCUCCAGACUUUUAAAAGUGGUGGUUAGAAGAUAUAAACAAUGAAGAAGAUGAAUCAGAUUAGCAAGAUAAUGAAAAAAAUUAAAAUUCAAGCACAGUUUGGUAUUCUCAUAAUCCUGAUUUACCAGAAGAUUACCAUAGAUAUUUCUCUGAAGACAUUCCAGUCUAUCAUGUUAUUGUUAAAUCUGGAGAGGUUUUAUACUUACCAGCUCUCUGGUUCCAUUAAGUAACUUAAUUUACAUCAUCAUAAAACUAGCUUAGUGACGAAGCUCAAUCUAGUGACUUUAUCAUAGCAGCUAAUUUCUGGUAUGAUAUGGAGUUCGAUCAUAAAUUUUAAGUAUUUGACAUGUUGAAGAAUUUAGUUGACCUUGACAUAAAAGAAUAAUAAACAACAAAAGAAGAAUAGUAAGUGAGUGAGUGA